GGGAGGGGGCGGUCCCAGAACGCCGCCUCCUCCAACCAGUGGGACUAAGCGCUAGGAAGAGCCAGAGAAGCUGGUGGUGUCGGUGGGCAAAGGGCGCCGGAGCGGGGGUCCCGAAGAGUCAGCUACUAAGAUGGCGCAGUGGAACCAGCUCCAGCAGUUGGACACGCGGUAUUUGGAGCAGCUCCACCAACUCUACAGUGACAGCUUUCCUAUGGAAUUGCGGCAGUUCCUUGCACCCUGGAUUGAGAGCCAGGACUGGGCAUAUGCCGCCAGCAAGGAAUCCCAUGCCACGCUGGUGUUCCACAACCUCUUGGGAGAAAUUGACCAGCAGUACAGCCGCUUUCUUCAAGAAUCCAAUGUUCUCUAUCAACACAACCUGCGCCGGAUCAAGCAGUUUCUGCAGAGCCGGUACUUGGAAAAGCCAAUGGAGAUUGCCCGCAUUGUGGCUCGUUGCCUCUGGGAGGAGAACCGGUUACUGCAGACAGCAGCGACAGCGGCUCAGCAAGGUGGGCAAGCAAACCAUCCUACAGCAGCAGUGGUGACAGAGAAGCAGCAGAUGCUAGAGCAACACCUCCAAGAUGUGAGGAAGAGAGUGCAGGACCUUGAACAAAAGAUGAAAGUAGUAGAAAAUCUCCAGGAUGACUUUGACUUCAACUACAAGACCUUGAAGAGUCAAGGAGACAUGCAGGAUCUGAAUGGGAACAACCAAUCAGUGACCCGACAGAAGAUGCAACAGCUGGAGCAAAUGCUGACAGCCCUUGAUCAAAUGAGGAGGGGGAUUGUAAGUGAGCUGGCUGGGCUCUUGUCUGCCAUGGAAUAUGUACAAAAGACGCUGGUGGAUGAGGAACUGGCAGACUGGAAAAGGAGGCAGCAGAUUGCAUGCAUUGGUGGCCCACCCAACAUCUGUCUUGAUCGCCUAGAAAACUGGAUAACAUCACUGGCUGAGUCACAGCUUCAGACACGUCAACAGAUCAAGAAGCUUGAGGAGCUCCAGCAGAAGGUCUCAUACAAGGGUGACCCCAUCGUACAGCACCGGCCCUUGCUGGAGGAGCGAAUUGUGGAGUUAUUCAGAAAUCUCAUGAAGAGUGCAUUUGUAGUGGAGCGGCAACCCUGUAUGCCAAUGCACCCAGAUCGGCCACUGGUUAUCAAAACAGGGGUACAGUUCACAACCAAAGUGCGGUUGCUAGUUAAGUUUCCAGAGCUCAACUACCAGCUGAAAAUCAAAGUCUGCAUUGACAAGGAUUCUGGUGAAGUAGCUGCCCUCCGGGGAUCCCGAAAGUUUAACAUCCUGGGCACAAACACAAAGGUGAUGAACAUGGAAGAAUCCAACAAUGGUAGCCUUUCUGCAGAAUUCAAGCAUUUGACGUUGCGGGAACAAAGAUGUGGUAAUGGUGGAAGAGCAAACUGCGAUGCCUCUCUCAUUGUCACAGAAGAGCUCCAUCUCAUCACCUUUGAGACAGAAGUUUACCACCAAGGGCUGAAGAUUGACCUAGAGACCCACUCGCUUCCUGUAGUGGUAAUCUCCAACAUUUGCCAGAUGCCAAAUGCUUGGGCAUCAAUCUUGUGGUACAACAUGCUGACAAACAACCCCAAGAAUGUGAACUUUUUCACCAAACCACCAAUUGGCACAUGGGACCAGGUUGCAGAAGUGCUCAGUUGGCAGUUCUCCUCAACAACAAAACGAGGGCUGAGCAUAGAACAGCUGACGACACUCGCUGAGAAACUCCUUGGGCCAGGCAUCAAUUACUCUGGAUGUCAGAUAACAUGGGCAAAGUUCUGUAAGGAGAACAUGGCAGGGAAAGGCUUCUCUUUCUGGGUCUGGCUGGAUAACAUCAUUGACCUGGUGAAGAAGUACAUCCUGGCUCUCUGGAAUGAAGGGUAUAUCAUGGGAUUCAUCAGCAAAGAGCGAGAACGAGCAAUCCUGAGCACAAAACCACCUGGCACUUUCCUGUUGCGCUUUAGUGAGAGCAGCAAGGAGGGUGGGAUCACAUUCACAUGGGUGGAGAAGGACAUCAGUGGUAAGGAAGGAAAGACUCAAAUCCAGUCAGUGGAGCCAUACACCAAACAGCAGCUCAACAGCAUGUCCUUUGCUGAGAUUAUCAUGGGCUACAAGAUCAUGGAUGCCACAAACAUCCUCGUGUCCCCACUUGUCUACUUGUACCCUGAUAUCCCCAAGGAGGAGGCCUUUGGAAAAUACUGUCGCCCUGAGAGCCAAGAACACCCUGAAGCCACCGACCCAGGUACAGGUACUGCUCCAUAUCUAAAGACCAAGUUCAUCUGUGUGACCCCAACAACUUGCAGUAGCACCAUUGAACUGCCCAUGUCUCCCCGGACACUUGAAUCCCUGAUCCCCUUUUGCAGUAAUGGGGAGGGCGCUGAGGGAAAUGCUAGUGGCCAGUUUGAAUCAUUGCAAGUCUUUGACAUGGAGAUGACUGCUGAGUGUGCCAACUCGCCCAUGUGACUGGUUCAUCUUAGACAGCUGACCAACUCUGGCUUCCUGGCAUGAAACAUUUCCUUCUCUUGCACCAUUGUGGGGCCUCACCCAUCCAGGCUCUGCCUCAACAGGAGCUUCUUGAUUCUGGUUUCUCUUUUAGCUGCUCAGAGUGCCCUCUUGCUGGCAGCUCAUUGCCUGAGCUGGCUUGGCUUGAGAAAGGGCCCUUGUACUUAAUGUUAGUAAGGAUUUAUCACCUUCUCCCCAAAAGUAUUUUUCCUUUUGUACAAAACUUUGAUUAAGGGGUGUCUUAUUUUGCUAGAUCAAGUGCCUCUUCAUGCCCUGCACCCUUAACAGUAGUUCUUGGUCUCCUGUCCAUUUUUGCAGCAUGCUGCUAAAGGCUUAUUCCUCCAGCUAACAGUCACAUCCAAAUGUUUUUUCAGUAUUCAGACAAUAAGAUUGUUCUAAACAGGCAGGCAAGAUGCUAUCUGCUGAGCACGAGCAGAAGAUGGGAGAUUUUAUUUCUUACAUUUCUGAUUUUUAAAACUUCCCAAAUGGUUUGAAGAUGAACGUAAACCUGGGACAGUGGUCCUGCAAGGUGAGAUGACUGUGACCCCAUGGCUUAUGCUGAGUUGGUCACCUUGGACCUUGAGGCUGGUGGGAACCAAAGAUUUGGAACUAUAUAUUUUUCAAACCCCUAAGUCACUUGAGCUGUACAGAUGGUGAACAGUAAGAGAGUGAUGCUUAUGUUGAUGACAGUAUAAUAAAAAAUUGACAGAAUAAUGUUGCCAGGGCUAAUGAGCAAAUUCAUGGCAGAACUAUGAUUUGAAUCCAAAUCAUCCAGCUGAAAGUCCAGAUUUCUCUCCAUUCUCUCUCUCUCUUUCUCUUGCAAGGCUUCAGGUCUAGAGGGAUCUCUUACUCUCUAUGCUUAAGGCUUUGAGCCCAGAUAGCGCAGCAAGAAUGAAAUCAGGGCUUAACGGUUGGCAGAUUGGUUGCCAGCAUUUAGCUCUAGUUCGUUUUUAUUGUUCUUGUUAUUUAUUUGCACUUUUAUGCUGCCCUUCCUUGAAGGAGUCCAGGGCAGCAUGCCUGAUUUUUCCCUUCUCCUCCCCCACCCCCACCCCAGGCACUAAUUCCAUUUUAUCCUCACAACAGCCUUGCAAGGCAGAUUCAUCAGUGCGAUAGACUGGCCCACAGUCAGCAAGUGAGCUUCAUGGUCAAGUAGAGAUUUCAGUCUGAGUCUCUCCAGUAGAUGUCCACCCUUGAAGCCACCAUACCCUAUCAUAACUGUAUGUUAGGAGCAAAAGGCAAGCAUUUUUUAAAAAGUGAUGCCUCUUCUCCAAACCCAACACUUUGUUGCUUGAGCUACCUAAGCUUUCACCAGCCUAGCAACCUUCAUAUGUGUUGAACUACAACUCCCAUAAUCCCCUACCUUAGUUGUCUGGUUAAGCAUAUUAUAGUCCAAGAUGUCUGGAUGCACGCAGCUGGUGAAUCCUGGACUAGCCCAUUUCUUCCCUGUAAUAGAUUUUUAUAUCCUCAGCUAUACAGUACCAGAUACAUUCUCUUCCCAGCCUUUGUGCCCACAGACAUGGUCCUCUCUGUAUCUUUGCUUGCCUCCCCCAUUUGUGACUGAGUGAUUUAAUUCUAGCUGUAAGCAGUGCUCCUCAGAGACUGUUUGACUGUGAUAUUGGCACUCUGGUGUAGGGAACAGAAAACCUGGAUGCUGAUAUUCUUGUUUUAGCUGUUGGGCUUAAGAGCAUUAUCAAUCAGGGCCCACCUGUCCAUGGAAGAGAGUGAUAAAGCAAGCUUUUCCUCAGUAUUAUUUAGAGGCAUGGGCUAUGCUUGCCCAGGGCUUCUAGGACUUAUAGUCCAACGCAUCUAGAGGACACCAGGUGAGGGUAGAUUACCAUAAGGUCCCUAGCUAGUAUACAGCUGCACUGGUUCCUUAUAACCAAAUAGCUUAUUUAUGCCAAAUUCCAUUUUGUAUCCAUCUCCUUCCCACAUCAGUCAGUUUCCUGUUUCUUUGUAGCUAACUGCUCUCUAAGAGCAUAAUGACUUUAAUUUGUUUUGUAUAUUUUAAUGUUGUAUCUACAGGCUCCUACUUUCUCUUAAAUAAAGUCUAACACCAUA